GUGGGGGUGGGGGGUCGGGCAAUACCCCUUGGACCCUGCCCGCCCCGCCCUCCCCGCCGGCUCGCAGCGCAGGUGGAGGUGCAGUUGCAGCUCCCUCCGCCGCUGGGUGCUCAGCCUCCGCCCCAGGGGAUACUCUGUGGAAAGUGUCCGUCUGCGCGUCUCGGAGUCCCGGCUCUCUUGGCACAGGUGUUGGCGAGAGACCCAGGCUGGCUGCAGACUGGUGUUGAGUCCGAUGGGUUGGGACCCUUGAAAGAUAGCGUCUUGGGGGUGCUCCGCGUUUCUGAACAAGUUUGUCUAUUUCCAGAAAGAAAUCUUUUCUGGGGUACACGCUGUAUGAGAUUUCAGCAUUUCAGAACGGUCCUCAUUUUAAUGGAGCUCUGUGCUGACAACUUGGGCAGGGCUAGAUUUCCAGGCAUGAACUUGACUUGCGGGCCUUUGGGGAACUGGAGAUGUGGGGAGCGCACAGCCUCCUAGGGAAGCUGCGUCCAGUCCGUGGGACCAGGGCAGAGCCCGCUGCACUGAGUGUAUAAAUAAUGCCUGUUUACACAGGCUGCUUUGGAACUAGGGAUUUCCGGUUAAUAAAUAUUAUUAGAUGGAUGCACACGAGCGUGUGCCUGUUUGUCAGAAGGGAUAGAGUCACUUUGCUUCUUUUUGUUUUCCCUUUAAUUCUUUGAUAAAUCAUUGGUCCUAGUAGAGUUUAGGUUAAUUCCUUUUCUUUUUCCGCAGCAAUGAAGACACCGUAGGAAUCAAUCUUAACUGGUUUCAGCAAAAACAGGGGAUCUGAGCUUGGCGUGAUGCCAUUAGCCACUGAAAAUAUUCACUACUUCUCCCUACCCUCUAGCUGAUGCAUUUGGAAGUUUUCUGUAAAUGUUUAUGUCUGAAUGCUAUAUAGAAGUGUUUUUAAAUGUGUGUAAAAUAGACGUAAGUUUUUAUUUUCUCAAAAUGAUUCUCAAGCCAAACAUUGUAAAAGUAGACAGUCUUGGUAUUGGGAACAACAUGUUGGAAGACAAUAAGCAAACAAAGUAAAAAGAGAGAGAGAAAGGAAGGAAUCUUAUUUAAAAAAAAAAAAUGUGCUUUUUACCCAGCGUUCCAUUCCAUUGUGGGGUGCUCUCUUAAGGUCUUCAAAUUAGUGAAUGGGAUAGUAAAACUUAAGCACUUAUUUUCAAAAGCUUAAGAACAUUUUAAAAAUCCUUAUGAUUUUUAGGUAGGCUUAUUUUUCCAUUUCCAUUCAGUUCUAAAUACAGAUUAUCACACUAUUCUGUGUUUUACUCAUCAUUUUUAUAAGAAGGAAAAUGUGUUACAAUCACAUCAGUUGCGAUUAGGAGCUUCUUUAAAAAAUGGUUAUCAUGGAAAAUCAAGCAAUUUGGGAGGAGCCCAUUCAACUUUUGGGAGCCAGGGAUCCUUGCCCCUCCUUACUGUGGUUACUUGAGUAUCAGUAAUUCAAAAGGAAGCGUUUUAUUGCCUUAAGUGCCCAAACUUGCCUGGGGGAUACGGUGAUGUUCACCUGCUGUCUUCCACCCUGUUUCCCAGUCCAGGUUCAAGGAAAAGAUUGGGUCAAAUCUAUGCCUAAUUCCAGCAAAGUGGAAUUUUCUUUUUAUGUUGGGGAGGGGAGUGGCCCUUAAUCAUCUGCCUAAUUACACUUCAAAUCUCUGCUUCCCUUUGAGGAAGUACAGUGUUUCCUUUGUUCAACCAACUCCUACUGAAAGAAAGCUAAUAGAGACAAAUCAGUUCCCCCCCCUUGAUUUUUUUUUUUAUUAUUUCAACAGGCCUUUUAAUUCCAUUAAUUUCUGUUUUUUCUGAAGAGAUGUACAUAUAUAUUUGGAAUAUAGUAUAUUAUUAAAGUAGACUAACUGUGGAUAAUGGGGAAAUGUAAACAUUAAGAAAAGACCUGGUUGAUUAUGCUUACUAGCCCAUAGUUUAGUAGAUUUCAAUUGAAAAAAAUUGACAAGGGCCCUGAAUCUUAUUCUACAGUCUAGUCUAUUUAUAGACAAAAGUGCCCCCUCCCACAAAUCGUUCUGAAGCACAGGCCAGCAAGGUAUUUCCUACCCUCCUAGGUGGUCUGGCAAGACUGCUGCAUGAUAUCAUCUGCCUUCUGAUGCAUUACUGACAGCAACAAGUAUUGGGAAACUGACAGAAGAUGAUAAUUGUUAUUUAUCUGUUUUCUCUUGAGAGUACCCUAAACAAUGGAAGUCAGUGUCACAGGGAGUUCACAUUUAAAUGCAACACUCUGAGUAUCUUUUUAAAAGGCUUGAUAGUUUUGAUAUAGCUCCUAGGCAUUAAGAAAUGAAGCAAUCCAGAUAACGUGCAGGAAAGACAGUGGUUGUAAGUCCAUUUGUAGAAGCGAGCCCGGUCCAUGCAGCACAGUGCAAAAUGAAAAUUUGGCAAAAUUUUAGCAAAUUGAUUGGCGUGAAAUGCCAAACAGAUAAAUAGGUGAAAGUGUGUUAUCCAGACUGGCUCUUAACUUUGAUGAAAUUCAGCACAUAAACUCUCCACUUAAGCACGCGUUACAAAGAUGAGAGACUUGGUGUUUUGCAAAAAUAAGCUUGGUGUUGCACACACCUGAAUGUGCUUAACAGGUGAGCUGUAAUGGAACCAAAGGGACGUACAAGCACAAAUCAUUUCCCCGGGGAAAGUUAAUGACCUCCCUAUUUUCAGUGGCACCCAUGAAGUUUGACUUCUCAGAAUGGUUUUGCCAUUUCAUGAUUACUAUUUUGUGAAUCACGUUGAACAGAGGCAUCAUUUUUUGAGAUUCUAAUUUCAGGUGUUUUUGAAAAAAAACAACACAAAAAAACACAGUUUGGAUGUGAGAAAGGACAUGAGGAGACCAAAGACCUGGGAUUUUGCUGAUCAGAAUGAAACAAAUGUUGAAAGACUUUUCAAAUCUACUCUUGGUGGUACUUUGUGACUAUGUUCUUGCAGAAGCUGAAUACCUCCUCUUGGGAAAGCCUGGCCAUGUAGCACUAAGCAACAAUACAGUAUCGGUGGGUUUCCAGUAUGUCAGUGGGGCUAAUGGGAUGCUGAGGAAUGUAUCUAUCCUGUUGUUGGAGGCCAACACCAAUCAGACUGUUACCACCAAAUACCUCCUGACCAACCAGUCCCAGGGAACACUGGAGUUCGAAUGCUUCUACUUCAAGGAGGCGGGGGACUACUGGUUCACCAUGACUCCAGAAGCGGCAGACAACAGCACUCCAGUCCACCUGUGGGAGCAAAGUGCCUUUCUCAAGGUGGAAUGGCCUGUCUUUCAUGUUGACCUGAAUAGGACAUCCAGGGCAGCGGAAGGCACCUUCCAGGUGGGCCUUUUUACCAGUCAACCACUGUGCUCAUUCCCUGCGGACCAACCUGACAUCUUGGUGGAUGUCAUCUUUACCAACAGUCUUCCCGAGGCAAGAACGAGUCCAGGACAGCCGCUGGAGAUAAGAACCAGCAAGAGGACACAACUCUCUCAAGGUCAGUGGGUUGAGUUUGGCUGUGCACCCGUGGGGCCGGAAGCCUACGUCACUGUGGUGCUGAAGCUUCUCGGCCAAGACUCGGUCAUUACCUCCACGGGACCCAUUGACCUGGCCCAGAAAUUUGGAUACAAACUGGUGACGGUGCCGGAACUCACGUGUGAGUCUGCAGUGGAGGUGAUGGUGCUGCCUCCCCCGUGCGUCUUCGUCCAGGGAGUGAUCGGGGUCUUCAAGGAGGCCCCCAGACGCCCUGGGGAAGGGACCAUUCGGCUGGCUGAAAACAGCCUGACCUUGGGAGAGAGGAGAACAGUAUUCAACUGCACUUUAUUUGACAUGGGGAGGAAUAAAUACUGCUUUGACUUUGGCGUUUCAAGCAGAAGCCAUUUUUCCACAAAGGAGAGGGAGUGCAUGCUAAUCCAGAGAAACAUAGCUUUCCAGCCAUCCAGUGCAUCCCCUCUUCAGCCCCAGGGUCCGGUGAAGUCCAACAACAUCGUGACCGUCACUGGGAUUUCCCUGUGCUUGUUCAUCAUCCUCGCCACCGUCCUCAUCACGCUGUGGCGGAAGUUCGGCCGCACCCCGAAGUGCCGCACGCCGGCUCGACACAACUCCAUCCACUCCCCCAGCUUCCGGAAGAACUCGGACGAGGAGAACAUCUGCGAGCUGAGCGAGCAGCGCGGCAGCUUCUCGGACGGGGGCGACGGGCCCGCGGGGGGCCCGGGGGACGCGGGCAUCCCCCUGACCUACAGGCGCAGUGUGCCCGCGGCUCCCGAGGACGACGCCUCUGGCAGCGAGAGCGUGCAGUCCAACGCCCAGAAGAUCAUCCCCCCGCUGUUCAGCUACCGCCUGGCCCAGCAGCAGCUGAAGGAGAUGAAGAAGAAGGGCCUGACGGAAACCACCAAGGUGUACCACGUGUCUCAGAGUCCCCUGACAGACACGGCCAUCGACGCCGCCGCCGUGCCCCCCUUAGACAUAGAAAGCCCAGACGAAGCCGCGGCAAACAAGUUCCGGAUCAAAUCCCCGUUUCUGGAGCAGCCGGCGGGCGGGGCCGCGGCCAGGCCCCCCUCCAGGCCCGACCACCCGGCGUGUCAGGCCAGUUGCGCCGUCAGCCCCAGCCAGACGGUGAUCCGCAAGUCAGCCACGAGGCACGUGGGCGGCAGAGGGGCGCUGCCGGAGAGGAGCCACCCCAGGGGCUCCCACUUCAGGAGGACCGCUAGUUUUCACGAAGCCAAGCAGGCCCGGCCGUUCCGGGAGAGGAGCAUGUCCACCCUGACUCCACGCCAGGCCCCGGCCUACAGUUCUAGGACGCGGACCUGGGACCAGGCGGAAGACAGAUUUCGGCCUCACAGUCGAGGCGCCGCCCCGUUUCCCGAGAAACCGGAAGGGGCGGGUGCGACCAGAGGUCCAUUGAGCCCUGCCCCUAAAUCCUACACCCUGGGGCAGCCCGUGAGGAAACCAGACCUGGGGGACAGCCAGGCAAGCUUCGUGGUAGGAGGUGAGAGAACAGAGCCUCACAGAUCUCGGAGGGGACCGUCCCCCAGUCACAGGAGUGCCUCAAGGAAGCAGCCUUCCCCCACUGCCCCCAAAGACAGCUACCAGAGGGUCAGCCCCCUGAGCCCUUCUCAGGGUAGAAGAGACAAGUGUCAGAGUUUCCCAGCCCACCCUGAGUUUGCCUUCUAUGAUAAUACGUCAUUUGGCCUCACGGAGGCUGAGCAGAGGAUGCUGGACCUCCCGGGCUAUUUUGGGUCAAAUGAGGAGGAUGAAACCACAAGUACUCUCAGUGUGGAGAAGUUAGUCAUCUAGACCCACAUCAGCCUGAGACUUCAUACAGCUGGGGUCCUUUGCCCAGCUCCUGGUAUCAGCUGCUCACAGAGCUCUAUGGACUGUUUUGUAUAGCUGUCUGUACAUCAGGAUUGGGUGGGGAGGGAAUAACUCAAGUGUGUGCAUGUGUUUUCAUUCAUAAGGAAGAAGUUACUUAUCUUGAACGUUUCCCUUUGUUAUCCUAGUUCUAUUGGUUUAUUACUAAUAACCACAAUAAUAAAAUUUAAACAAGAGUGAAA